GUCGCUUGUGGCGCUGUAAAGCAGUAACACGGUUUAGGGAAACAUGGCCACCGCCGGAGAUUCGCGAGGAGAGCUUCAGAAGGAACUGGUUUGCUCCAUUUGCCUCGAUUACUUCGACGACCCUGUCAUUUUAAAAUGCGGCCACAAUUUCUGCCGCAUGUGCAUUUUGAUGCACUGGGAGGAAAAUGGAGGCGAUGAUGUGGGUUACCAGUGUCCGGAGUGCAGGAUGGUUUUCGCGAAGAUGAGUUUCACCAAGAAUUACCUGGUGAAGAACUUGGUGGAUAAACUGAGCGACUUCGACUAUCUGAAGACAUGUAGGCCCUCUGCACCCGCCAAACCCGUGAAGAUGGACGGUAAAUGUGAGCGACACCACGAGGAGUUGAAACUGUACUGCCACACCGACAGAAAGCCUAUUUGCGUGGUGUGUCGGGAAUCCAGAGCGCACAGGCACCAUGAUGUUGCUCCUGUACCUGAGGUUGUUGAAGACAUGAAGAGUGAACUCAAGCUAAGACUCAUCAAGCUGAACUGGCAGAAGUCAAUGUGUACUCGAGUAAAGAGCACAGACGAACAGGCCAAAACUGAUGUCAAGCUUAAAAAGCAAGCCCUGAAGGAGAAGAUUGAGGACGACGUCGGAGCCCUGGUGCAGUUUUUGCUGGAUGAGAAGGACGAUCUGUUGGAAAGGCUGGAGGCUGAAGUGGUGGCCACCAUCGGGGUGAUCGAUGCCAAUCUGAAGCGUGUGGAGAGCGAAGCAGCAAAAGUGGACAAAGCCAUAACUGAAAUUCAGAACCAGCUGAGCGACAGCGCUAACUUUGAGACUAUCAGUAAUUCUUACUUGAGUCCAUGUCACGUCAACCUCAGCGUGCAGUCGUCAAACUCUCCUCCAGAUUUCUCUGAGUUCACAGGCCCCUUUCAGCUCAUCAUGUGGAAGAAGAUGAUGCAUGUGUUACACACAAUGCCCCAGAAUCUGACUCUAGAUUUGGACACUGCUCACCCCUCGUUGGCCAUCAGUGACUUUGACACCAAGGUUGAGGAGGGCCGUGUUCGUUCCCAAGAACCUGACAUGCCCCAGCGAUUCACUCGUUUUUUCGGAGUGCUCGCGACCGCCCAGUACGCCAACGGUCAGCAUUACUGGGAGGUGGAUGUGCGGGACAAGGGAGUCUGGUAUUUGGGCGUCACCACAGAGUACAGCAACCGCAAAGGCUUCGUAAACCUUUCGCCCUCUGCUGGCUACUGGAGCCUGUGUCUCCAAGACAGACUGUACGCCAACGAGGAGGACUCGCGCGUGCCUGUAGCGGAUUACUGGAACUCUCCUCGAGUCGGCGUCUUCUUGGAUUACGACAGAGGCCAUGUUACUUUCUUUGACGCAGUCACCAUGAAACGCAUUUAUAACUUCGUCACAUACUUUGACGAGCCCGUAUCACCCUUCUUCAGCCCAGGAAAAAACGACCCAGGCAGCCGACUACAAAUAUGUCAUUUCUACUGAAAAAAAAAGUGUUUGUGCAUUUCACAAAAAUGAAAAACAACAAAAACAAAUGCUCCGGUUGUUACAUUGACGUAAACAUUUCAGAGCAUUUUCCCUAAUGAAAGUAGGGAGAGAGUUUGUUUUGGAGCUCUGCUGUAUCUUUGGAUUCAGUUGAUCUGGAUUUAUUAGUCGCGUAGAGUUUCGAUACACCAUAAUCUGAUGGAGUGAAUGGUUUCUUUUGCUCUUGAAUUAUGAUGUAGCCCUACUGAACUUCAGGUAGAGAGGCAUUGCAGGUUUUUAAGCAAAUGUCGACUUUAGCUGCUCCGUAUUGUCGUUUGUCUUAGACCUCAGUGUUGUCUUUUGUACGUCAGUGUAGAGGUGAAAAUAAGAAAUUACAUCAGGCCAAAAAUGUAUUAAUGCUUGAUAUCAAACAUUUCCAUUUUUUAAAUUGCUGUGUAUUCCAUAAUGUGGCAUAUUCACCAUUAUUUUUCUUUCUUUAUUUUAGUGGAAACAAUUUAUGGCACAGUUUUGUCUUUAAAGGUGUAAUUAAGCCAAGAAAUGUGAAUUUUCUCACCUUUUCAAGAUGUAGGUGACUUUUUCUUCAGUAGAACAUUAAAGAAAUGUAUUAGCUGAAAA